AUGCUUGAAAGUGCUUUUUCUAUGACACAAUAUCCGGAUGUUGGUGUCCGUGAGCGUUUGGCAGACCAAUGCGAGUUGCGAGAAGAAAGAGUAGAAGUUUGGUUUAAAAAUAGACGUGCCAAAUUGAGAAAGAAAACAAGAGAAGUUCAGGCAAUAAUGCAACAACAUAUUCAACGGGAUGCUAACUCUCAGUCUCAAAAUAAUGGUAGAUGCAAUUAUGUUAUCCUUCAACAAGGCCCAAAAAAUUCAUUUGAUUACUCUACAAAUAUUUCCAAACCAAAUCCAAUUAAACAACAAAAACCUUUCGAUUUAAGCCAAUUUUUUACACCUCAAACAAUUACUCAAGCCCUUUUAGCCUCUUCUGGAAUGCCUGCUUCCAGUUUAGAAUCUUCUAGUUUAUUUCAAUUAUCACAAUCUUUAAAUAAAGAAGCUGGAAAUGAAAAAUUGUUAUUCCCUUUUGGAAUUGGACCAAAAACUGUGGAAGAGGAAUUAAAGGUGAAUAUUUGGUAA